AUGCAGACUAUUCAGGAGUUGCUCGCUAGAGACGAGGGCUCUACUUCUGAUUCCUCGACCGCCGUGCAGUAUAUUAGUACGGUUGAGGCGUACGACAAGUGGGCUGAGGUCUACGACACAGACGGCAACUUUCUCCAGCGACUCGAUACGAUCGAAAUUAGCCGGAUAUUACCUCGAUUCGUGGAAUGCGUCUACGAUCGAUUCCGUCACCAGCUUUCUCAAUCCGAACGCAUGAUCUUCUUGGAUCUGGGAUGUGGCACUGGCCGAAACACAAUUCAAUUGAUGAGAACCCUUGGUGCAAGAGGUAGUCAAGACAGCCUCACAAGGAUCGAUCACUCUUCAGGACCAGAGGCGCAGGUCAUCGGCCUAGAUGCUUCCCCCGGGAUGCUGGAGGUCGCCAAGUCCAAUAUUAAAAAGGUCACUGUUGAAGAUACAACUCUGAGAGAUAUCCCAGCUGUGAUCCUCGAGACGGUUGAUCUCCUCCAACCCGCUACCGUCCCGAAACACCUACCCCCUGCGUUGCAAGAAGUCGGUGCCGCCGGGGUGAUAUCGACGCUUGUUCUGGAGCACGUUCCCUUGAAGGAUUUCUUCAAAGCGACCUCCGCGACAAUGCGCCCUGGUGGGUAUCUGCUGAUUACCAACAUGCAUGCCGAUAUGGGUCUGCGCAGCCAAGCUGGAUUUACAGAUCCCAAGACGGGGGUCAAGAUCCGACCGACCAGUUACUGUCACUCCAUCGAUGACGUCUUGACAGCUGCCGCAGUGGCUGGGUUUCAAGUGGAGAAGAUGUUUGAUUGGGAUCCCCUCAACGGGGUCUUGGAACGGAGUGUGGACGGAAAUUUGGUCGACAAGCUAGGGAUGAGAGCGAAGAAGUGGCUUGGAACCACAGUGUGGUUUGGGGUAUGUUUUAGCAAGAGAACAUCAGAGAGGUAG